UGCCGCUCUCUCUCUCUCUCACACGUCCCCGACAGAAAGGAGCAGCUGAGCGACGACGUGCAGGAUGGAGGAGGAGGCUCCGUCCCGGCGCUCGGUGACUGAACUUGCAAGCAGAUUUAAAGGCUCGGCUCCUCCGCACGAUGCCAGUGGGAGUGAAACGCAGGAGAAGCCGGUCAGGCGACGACCUCCUCGUUCUUUACAGCUCCACAAAACUCACGGAGACGACCAGGAGCCUCCAGGUGUCAUCUCUCCUACCAAAGCCAAGAGGAACUCUGCUCUGAUCGAGAAGCUGCAGGCGAACCUCGCUCUCUCCCCCUCCCCCCUGCUGCCCUCUCCAAAGAGUCCGGGCUUCAGGCUGCGGUCUCCCUUCUUCGCCCCUCCCUCCCCCGGCUCCACCCUGGUCACCACAGUAACCACCUCCUCCACAGCGGGGACCCCCCCCAGCCCUACCCCCGCUACUGCUGCCGCCACCUCUCCAUUAACUGAGGAGGAAGGCCCCGCCUCCUUUGAAGCCCCUCCCACGGCGGGGGAGGGGUCCAUCCUGUCGAACACCAACAUCAAGGGCCGAGCUCGUCACUCCAUCCGGCGCCGCCCACCGUCCCGCCGCCAUAGGAAGUCCAGCAGCGGAGACGAGGUCGGCGUCGCCUUCGAGGGAGGGGACGUGUCUCCGAGCCCCCCCGCUGAACCGGAGGACAAAACAACCGCAGCAGCAGGAGUAGAGGAAGCAGAAGGUGAAGCAGACGCUGCAACGUCACCGGAGAAAAACGAAUCCCACGAAGAAGAGAAGGUCAGCGUGCAGCCCAGAGGAGGAGAAGAGAAGAAGAAGGGGGCGGUGGGGGGGGGGCAGGGAGACGGGUCAUCAGGGAGAAAGAGGGAGGAAAACUCUGCAGAGAAGCAGAAAGACGAGUCGAGUGACGGAGCGACAGACACCGACAGGCAAGAAGAAGAAAAGACGGGUCAGAGUUCAACCCUGGGGGGCCAUGAGGGAGAUCCUGCAGCAGCGCCUGUCUGGACACCGUGCAGACGGAUAUGAAACUGUCCCCGCGCUCUCUUUCCAUCUCUGAUGUGAAGACGUCACCAGUUUGUCUUGAAACUCCCGAAAACGAUUGAUGUGAAUUUGUUUUUCCUAAUCCUCGACUUUCACUCUGCAGCGCUGAUCUGAUGCUUUUUGUACUCAUGUUAUCUGGAUGUCUCCACAGCUGUCACUGCUAACGUGUGAUUUCAGUGUCACAAUAAGACGCAGCUGAAGCCUUAUAUUUGUUUUAAAACUGCACAAACACACAGCAGGUACAGCUUCUGUAGUGAAGCCUUUGAGUUUAAGUUGCAUAUUUCUGCUACGUUAAUGUUUAUCUGCUCUUUCAUUUCUGUUUUCUUUUCUGCUAAAUGACCUGUAAUGACCUGUAAUGUGAUGUGAUGUAAUGUAAUUUAGUAAAGAAAUGUUACUUGAGACAAAACGACACAUUUAUCCUGUAUUUUGUAGUAUUUUAAAGUAAAAAAAGACCCACAAUGUUCAUUUAUAUUUCUUUUCUGUGAUGUGAACUCUACAUAAUAAAUGAGACAAAAGCUGA